UACCUUAUUUUUGUAACUAUGAAUGAACAUUAACGAAAUACGAUUGUCAUGCGAUGUUUUGCAACACUGAAAUACAAACUUAUUGCGAAACCAAAUUGUAACUGAAUGAACAUUAAGGAAAUACGAUUAGUCAUAUGUUGUUUUGUAACACUAAAAUCUAAACUUAUUGCGAAAUUACAUUUUCAACGUGUUGCAUAAAACAGUCAUCUUAAUAUUUGUAUUUAAAGUCUCCCAUUAUAGAAAUAUUAUCUCACAAAAUAUUCAUAUACAAAAGCAGGCUUUAUAGACUACUACAAAAGCAUCCAGUAGAGUUCUGGAAUUUUCCGGAAGCACAACAAAAAUUUGUGUUCGAGACGAAAUCGAAUUAAUUGUCGAAUGUUUCGAUUAUAUGAACUGUACUCGCUUUACUCGCAAAAUAAAAUGUACAGAUCCUCAACGCUUUGGUGUCUCUGUGAGAAGUUGCCGCGCUCAAUUCUCCACGUUGCGCCGACUCCCAAGGUUUGGUGCGAGGUGUGUGGUCGACGCAGGCGCCCACAGGCUUGCUCCACCUCGUCCAGUGAUGAGGAGAAGCUUGAAGCAGAGCAUAGGCAACCAGUGCAACGGGUUGUGGAGGAAACUGAUGCGUAUGUGACGCCCCAGAAGCUGAUCAAGGCGGCCAAGAAGCCAAAGACUGUUUACUUAAACAGCAAUUGUCUAAAGUGCGGUCGCCAAUCGAAGCCUUCGUCGACAGUUCAGCAGGAACCCAAAGUCAAGGACAGCACCAGCAACAAAGUGUACAUGGGUCGCCAUGGUCACUACCGGAAGCCAAAAAGAUUUCACGCCAAGCGACAUGCUGAAAUGAUAACCAACUAUGUGGAGCCAAUGGCACCACCACCGCCCCCCUCACCACCGCCUUCUAAUUCGCCGCCAGUGAACGGCAGUGAAUCUGUUUGGGAGCCACCCGACAAUAAUAUGCCCAAACCUGUGGCCUUUGCCCAAAAUGGGUUCACUCGGCCGCCACGUGACCCCCAGCCGAAGAAUUUACUUGUGAGCGACUUUAUACCUCUGGACAAACCCAUCACAGAUGUGGCCAGCGGUGCCAUCUCGAAGCGACCAUCCCUUCAUCGCCCUCUGUGCUCCCAUUACAGCCGCGCCUUGCCACCGUUGUCGCGUGUGGUGUCCCAGAUUUUGGUAGAUCAUAAGGUGCGUGCCAAAGGCGGUGGACUUCCAGCCAAACAAAAUGUGUCCAAAGACAGCAGUUGUGCUAGUCAAUUCUCACCAUUUAAUAGCUACGAGGGACCCUCUGAGGAUGCGCUUGUCGGGCCGGGUGUUCGCCAAAUGCUGCUUCAGCCGAGAGCUUUGCAUAUUCAAAGCCGGAACCAUUUGCCCAGCACUAAACUAUCCACAUUUGAUUCGGACCCAAGCAGUGAGUGCUCCACAUCGUCGGCGCAUUUCGAUAUGCCAACGGCACCACCUGCUGAGCGUCAAUGUCACAGUUACACUGUGGGUCCUCCACUUCAAAUGCGAGAGAUGAUGAACACUGUGGCACAGUCGGGUCUGUCUGACAACAGCGCCUCUAGCAGCAGCCACAAGAGUACCAACUCAACGCUGCCCGGGCGACGGGAGUCAGUACGCAGUUGCGACGAUGAGGAACCGGAGCUUACCAAGAAAUCAAAUGAUGCCGAUAUGGGUCCCACCGCCAUAAUGGAAAAACUCCUAUGGCUAAUAGAUCAACAUCCAACAGAUGAUGCAACACCCGAUCCGAACGCGUUGUUGGCCCAAACAGACGCUUCCUUAAUGGAUGCCCAGGUGAAGUCGGACGGGAUUAUCGAUAAGCAUAGUGAAUCUGUGAAGGUUCUGCUCCAAUUUGUGAAGAAUCUGCACAUUGAAGGCACUAAUAAUAAUAGUAUUCCCUCAACAAUACUCAAUAACGACAUUGAGGACAAUUUGCAGACUAGUGCAGACUCUCCCUUGCCAGAAUUGCACAUUUCCAAUGAUAUGUCUAAUGAGUUUUAUUUAAAUACUUCAAAUAAAUCUGCUGGCGAUGCAAAGUAUAUUAAUGUGUUGUCCAAUGGAAAUAAUUCCAAAUACCUAGAAAAAAGAGAGACAUCACAUCUUCCAGGUAACGGCGAUACAUCGAUAUGGUCCUUCAUCACAAGAUUCUUUAAGGCCAAACACUACACAGAAACUACAACAGCCUUAGACGAUUCUGCAGUAAUUCCAAUCGUUACAGAUGAAUUGAAACCACUUAAAAGUGCGGAGAAUCUACACUACGGUGCCAUAAAUCAGUUUCCAAAAAAACACAACUUUCAGGGUAAGAAAUCGAUAAAUCAAAUUGUAUUAUCUAAUAGUAAUAAUCGGAACUGUCGAAAAUGUGGCUUACAUCGGGCAAGCCAAGUAGAGUACAAGAAGAAUUGCGGAUUCUAUUCUAGUGAUUCCAAUACAAGGCAGACUGCAAGACUAUCUAUGUCUAACUGCUUAAAGAUGUAUGAUAACCAAACCAUCAAGUCAGCACCGAAAACAUGCCAUGAAAAACAUGUCAACACUAAGAUGCAAGCUAUGAAUUUAACAAAGCCCUUCGAGAAUACAAAUUCCUCAGUCCAUGAAGAGUCAAAAAAAAUCGUUUAGCCUCAAGGAACGUAUUCAAAAUGUACAACAAAAUUCGGAAGAAUCUGUAACUAGCUCAACAAUUUUCGAAUCAUGCAAUACAUCAGUAGGAUCUGUGCUUGAUGGACUAAAGUCUGCACCUCUACCAAGAGAUAUUGAACUUUUGGCACUCCUGCAAAGAAGACUGAUCCACAAAGUGCCAAAGCCUCUAACCGUCUACCAGGUGGCGAGCAUCAUUGAAACAAUUCGCUUUGAGUGUAGUGAGAUUAUUAAACCCAAGAUGACUUCAUAUACCGUAGAAAUGGGGCGUGUUAGAAUAUUCCACACUCGAGAACUUGAGAUUAAAUAAACAUUGCGGCUUAAUCGAAUUCCGAAUUCCUGAUAUUCGAAAAGUUGUAUCAAGACAAGAAAAAGCAAACGAAUACAAUAUUAAGCUUUCGACUACAUCAGAAUCAAGUAAAUAUUUUGAAAAUUCUUUAUCGGAGAGCAAUACAACACCUUCAAAACGACACCUGCUUACAGUGUGGCCAGGUCAUGCGUUUAGUUAUAGAAAGCGGCGCAAAAAGUCCAAAACAAUGCAGGAGUUAAAGUCUGCAAUAAACGACGAUAGAUCGGCAGACGAAGAUAAUGCACAAACGAAACGUGAAGUGCAGGAUACGUGGAUAAGCAAUCAAUUAGUUCAAAGAAAAAUCCACGAAAUGAUGAUCAAACCUAUUCGUCUUUUAAAUUGAAUCGAAUUUUGGGACAUAGUACUUGGAUUAACCUACAAUAGCAUAGAUUGUGUAUAUAUAAAAAUAACAGCAAUAGGAACAGAUUAAUAUAUUUUAAGAUAGUAUUUAAGAAGAUGUGUAGCUCUCCACAAAUUGUUAAACAAGGAAUUGCCUUACGUUACCGAAAUCCUGCGGCUGCUGUUUUAAGUAUCUUGGUUAGCAUUUUUUUCUGGCUGGCUUAUUGGCUAGCCCGGUGUCUUAUUUUUAUUGCUGGUUCAACUAUUAUACUCGGCUUGCUGUUUCCUCAACAUUCGUGGCACUUUUUAAAUCAUUUAUUGGAUCAAUAUCAUGUGGAGCGACUGUUUAAAGAUGAAUUAUAAGUUAUAUUUCUUAAAAAUCCAUUCGUUGACCAUUUAUUUAAUUAAAAAACAAAACAAAAAACCAUUUUGUUGAAGAUUUCUCACAUCAGAAUUGCCUAGCUUUAUUAAUCAUAUCAUAAUUAUUAAGGUGUUUAAACUACUAAUUUCAAUGUUACUUUCUUUAAUUACAUUUAAAGUAAAUGAUCGAUCGUUCAUUAAAUAUAUUGUAUAAGUAUAUUUUCGUAUAUUGUAUAAUCAUAAUUUUGCACAUUAUAAACAUCAAUUGCAAUCGUUGCCUGCCACUCGGAAUCAAAUAAUAUUAAUGAAAACAUAUUCUGAGUUGCGUAUAUUUCUCUAAAAUAUUAAUAGUAUUUUUGCAUCUUUAUGAAAUUAAAAAGCAAACACUUUGAGAACUUUUUAGCCUUCAGCAAACAUCAAAAUAAAAAGUUAAUCGCUAAAAUGCUUCUGGCCAUAAUCUUUGUUAACAUUAUUGUUAGGAAAUGUCAUGUAUUCAGGCACAAUAUCAGAAAAUAAUAUCAAAUACAGUUUCACAUGAAUUCCUUUGUAUUAUGCGCGGAAAAGUCCGACACAUGUCAUACUUAUUUCUGUUUUGGAAUUAACACGAAUUGUUUCUCUCUGCCUUAUCAAUUAGCUAGAAUCGGAUGUGGAUCAUUUAAAUACAUUAAGCAUAGAUUUAUUAUGAUUUUUUUCUUUAUUUUUAAUUAUCAAUGUUUUUUCCCUCAGUUGCUCGCAACGUUUUGCACUUCACUUGAACUAAUUAUCUCAUAAUCUUUGCUAGAGCUCUCAGAGUCUGAUUCCGAAUUGCGGGGUGUGCUGCAAGAAAGAAAGUAAUCAUUAGUGAGUUGUGAUACAUAUAGUGAGCCUGUUAUUUAAAGCAAAUAAUACAA